AUGACAACCUCACCAACAUUCACAACCACCAUCCAACCCCCUCCAGGCCCCUCAACCCCCCUCGUCCUCCCAACCCACCCCCUCGCCCCGCAAAACCCACCAAUCUUCAACGAUGCAAUGCACGUCCGCGCCCGCGUCUUCAUAGACGAACAACACUGUUCCGCAGAUAGCGAGAUCGACUCUGACGACGCACGGAGCUGGCAAUGGGUGAUAUACGCAUCACCUGCAGCCAAUACACCACACCAAGAAGGAAACAGUGCGAACCCAUCGUCGGGGCAGUCCACCCCCGUCGCGGUAAUCCGUCUCGUCCCCCCCCCACAACCACUACACGCCCUGCUCACGAACCCGUCCGACGCCGGGAAUGAACAUCUCCCGGCCUACGAUUGGAGUCACGAGCCGUGUAUAAAACUCACCCGCGUCGCAGUGCUACCCGAAUACCGGGGUCACGGGCUGGGUAGACGACUCGUGCAGACGGCGUUGGAAUGGGCAGCCUCCCACGCGAGUGAAAUCAACGACGCUGCUGUGCGAUUAGCUGGUCAGACGAAGGAGGGAUUGAACGGGGUAGGAGGUGGAUCUCCGAGUGCAUGGACCGGAUUGGUACUGGUUCAUGCGCAGGUGGACGUUGAGCGGAUGUAUAGGGGCCUUGGAUUUGUGACGGAUGAGGAAUUGGGCAGGUGGGAUGAGGAGGGGAUUGAGCAUGUUGGUAUGUUUCGGCGGGUGGAGGUGCGGUGA